UUCGUCGUUUCACCCCACCUCUGUCUCUCACAUCUCAGUCUUACUCGCCGCGCCGAUACCUUCAUGUCAGCAUGAACUCCACCUCAACAACGUUAUACGUACGAGCUAUCCCGUGAUUCCAAUCGCGAGGAACUCAUAAAUGUAAGACUAGCCGGCACUUUCCAGCAGAUACAUCUAAGUUUCUUCCAUUCCCAUUCAUAAAAUAACAAUGCAAUCAAUCAACGGCCACAGCGCCGCGUGCUGCAAUAUCCCACCGGUCGUUUCGAAAGGAUACACUCCUAAAGGUACCUACGAAACCAUCGGCGGUCUCAAAACUUAUGUUUCAGGGCCGCCAUCUGCAAAGAAAGCCAUACUAGUCAUCUACGAUAUCUUUGGAUUCUAUCCACAAACCAUUCAAGGAGCAGAUAUACUAGCUCAAGGAUCGGGGGAGGAAUAUCAAGUCUUCAUACCGGAUUUCUUUGAAGGACAACCGGCGAAGAUGGAGUGGUAUCCGCCUGUGACUGACGAACAAAUGAAAUCACUUAUGGAUUGGUUUGCUUCGAGGAAACCAAAUAUUGCAAUUCAGAGGAUUCCGAGUAUUUUGCAGAAUAUUGAAGAGAAAUAUGGAGAGAAAAGUUGGGGUGCUGUGGGGUACUGCUGGGGCGGAAAAGUCAUCGCCAUAACAUCCGGUCCAAAUAGUCCAUGGAAAGUAUCAGCUCAAUUGCAUCCCGGUAUGAUGGACGUAGAAGACGCGGGGAAGAUUACAAUUCCUCACGUGGUGUUGGCGUCGGAGGAGGAAAGGAAAGAUAUGCAUGCUUAUGAGAAAGAGUUGAAGGUGGAGGAAAAAUAUGUUGAGACGUUUGAGGAUCAGGUACAUGGAUUUUUGAGCGCGAGAGCGGAUUUGGAAGAUGAGGUGAAGCGGAGGGAAUAUGAGAGGGCUUAUGGGGUUUUGGUGGAGUGGUUUGGAAAGUUUUUGUAGUUGGAGUCUGGUGCAUCUCGGUCGAAUAGAGGAAAACUUUAUAGUUUUGUUCACCGAGACUCGGAAUGUUAUGUUCGAAUUUUUAUUUCUUAUGGAUGCCAAUGCUUUGUCUUGAAAUCCUUGAAGAAAUGUGUUCAGAAUAUGUAGGAAAUUAUUUUCAGAAAUCAUUUGUGAAAAUGCUUCAUGGUUCAAAUAAAUCGAUUCUUACUAGAAGAGAGCAAGCUCACCGGGAGUCACUUCGAUGGAAAACGGCCGUGCACUAGCGUCAUUC